GUAGGUCACAUGGCGUCGAAAAAUAAUAUUUUCACAAAAAUGUUGGUAGAAAAUUCGCAAAUACUUGCCUCAGAUGGCUAAUGUAUUUGAUAUUUUAAAUGUUUCUGAUAAUAUAAGCAAAGAUGAAAUAUCAGGAACCCAACAGGGUUCGAAAGAAAUCAACAAAAAUGUGAGUAAAGGACGCAAAGACGAUAGAAAAGUUGAGACUCCUCGGAGUUCAACUUCAUCGAGAGAUGGGUUGGACAUCUUACCAGAGCUACCGAAAACAGAAAAACUUCUCGAUUCCGAAAUCGAUACGUUGAAAUCUUUUACCAUACCCAAGAAAAACAAAACAAAGAAAGAACUCUUUGAAAAUGUAUCACCAAAGUCAAGGGAACAUCAGGAACUAUUGGGAAUAAUAACUAAGAGUUAUAAAAACAAACUCUCCAGUAAAAACUUUGUAUAUUCAAGGCCUGUUCAUGUGCAUAAUGAAGAGCUCUUCAAAACACUGCAGGCUAAAAAGAAGUUUCUUCGAGGAGAAGGGUAUACAGACAAAGAUUUGUCAGAGUCCUAUGCUUUCCUUUGUGUAGAUAAGGAAGAAAAGGCUAAGGAGAUAUGCAAGGCAGGGGUAAAGAAGGGGAAUCUUGACAAAUCAUGGCUAGGAAAUCCAGAAAUGGCUGUGAGUCUGUGCAGAAAUGCAGAUAUCCUGACUCCUGUAGAAAUACCUCCUGGAGAGAACUACUUAAUUGUGUUUCAGGUCAUAAAGGGUAAGGCAAAGGUGAUGAAGGAAGAUGUCGGCAAUGCAGUGUUGGAUCCAACCCCAAACUUUGAUUGCCAUAUGGCAAAGAGCACUGACACGUCCACACUAUCACAGGAACAUGCCUUUCAUUCUACACAGCUCUAUAUGUAUGAGUACAAUGAGGACUUUGAGAUAUCUGAGCAACCUCCAUUAUUGUGUCCAUAUGCCAUGACCACUCUAGUAGCUACCAAUACCAAGAAACCUGCAUCUAAACCAACUCCUAAAAGGCAAAUAUCAAAACCAAGCAUACCAGCACACAGCAAUCCCCCAGUCCAUGCAGUCCAACCACAGACCCACCCCAUCAGUGGCAGCCAUCCCCAAGACACCAGCCAAAUCCAGGUGGAAGUCACGCCUCAGUUGCCAAGUUUCUUUAGGACACUGAUGGACUGCAACAAUGAUGACAAGGCUGGCUGUGUGGUUUGGACGGGUGAUCUAUGUCUAGGAAACACUUUGAUAGCUCAAGCCAAUCUUAUAUCAUAUGGCCUAAUGUUCAAACCUGCUAGAAUGCAUCAGCGACUUAACAUCUGUACAAGAAUUGCCCUACCAAGUCUGACCAGUAAAUACUUCACUAACGUAGCUAACCUUGAUAAACGGGCCGAGUGCUGUAAUGGAAUAUGGUACUACAACUACUGUGAGAUGCAGUCUACACACAGCAAAUACAACAGCUUCAACAAGAUACUCACUUAUCUCGCAAAGACCCAGUCGGCAAUUAUAGUGAGACUAGAAGAUGAUACUGAUCUGGUUAUGCUGACCAACUGUGAACUAACACAGAGACUUGGGCUACAAGACCAGACUCUCAAUUCUGUUAUGUUGCACUGUGUCUUCAUAUCUCCACGAUCCAGGCAUAAUUGCCUUCAAGCGCCAGUGAGGACAAGUGGUGAGGCACUAAAUGAGGCCAGUGCAGAGAAUACAGGAGCCACAAGCAGGGAGCAGAAGCCUGGCUUCACUCCCCCUGCGCACUCCCCCUUGAAGAAACCUGAUAGCACAGUUACAACAGACAGUGUUAAAUCUGCCUUCCAACCACCUGCUGCCCAGACAGGUGCUGUGGAUAUAGAUGAGCGUGUGCAGUCAUAUGGUGAUGUAGAUCUUCGCCAAAUGUGGCAGAAUCCCAACUCCCAGGCCAUGGAUCCCAUGGCAGUAGACAAGGACAAUGGUGCUGUGUUCAAGGAGCCUCCAAAGCCGACACGUGUUGUUGAUCAGUUAGGAACUGAUCACUAUGACGGGGGAUUCAGAAACCUGGUUUCAGCUGACUCUUUGAUAUUUGCUCCGAAGCUUAAAGAGGCAUUUAAAAUCCAAGUUAUUCUGCAGGAUAAAAGGAACAUGCAUAUAGCUCGGCAGCAGUUUAAGAAUGCUAAUUCACCUUUACCAAGGUUGAGUUACUAUAACAAGUCACCUGUGAAACCUGGUCAAAAAUCACCUCGAGGUCGGGAACCUCCGAUCCUGCAGAAGCAAAUGUCCAGUCCAGGAGAGGGUCAUGUGGGGCAUGUGGCUAAGAAAGCUAGAGUGGAGCCAAGUCCUAUUGAGGAUCCCAGGCCAAAUUUCCAUCAUGGCCACAGUGGCCCUAUUACACCACCCAUUACUCCUAAAGUCACUUCACCUGGUAAACAUGCACCUGUUUAUAUGACAGGAAUGCAUACAGAUCAGAGUCCAUUCAGACCAAAUCCCUCUGCAGAGCCUAUCUCUCCACUUGCACCUUCUAAUAUCCCUGUAGGGCUAAAUAUUGACCAGCUUCCUACAUCUCAGCGACUUCGAGAUCCACGGCUGGCGCAUUUACACAGGAGCCUCCCUGGUGGUUCAAUAAUGACCGCGAGUACGACGACAGCUAUUACUACAGCGACACGGGCGAAUCCCAAUAUCAGCCCAGGUCCGCUCCAGCCUUCUACUCACGGAGACCAUCAGAAGACCCAUCCCUGCACCACAGGGGGGCUACACAAUACUGAAAAGCAGGGUGCUAAUGAGUCGCAUAAACAUUCACGGAAAUCAUCUCAUAAAAAAUCAUCACAUAAAUCAUCAAAAUCGCGAGAUUCUAGCUCGGGAAGUUCUAGAAGUAGCAGUAGUCGAAGAAAACAUAAAAAAUCAAGUAGGGAUAAAACACAUAGUAGUCAUAAUAGCAGCAGAACAGCACAGUCUAAAACAAAGGAAAACUCAGAUCAAGAUACACCAAAAAUUCAACUGUUUGAUUUGGAUUUCUUUUCUGACCCACGGGCUAAUGUUCAGCCAAAGUAUUCCCGAAUACGUAAGACAAGUACAAGUAAAAUAGAGCCAAAACCUGUCAAAGGUAUUCUGAAAGGGAGUAAUAAUACUGAAGUUAAGGAUAAGAGAGAUAUUGACAAUAAAGAUGAAAUGAAAGAAUAUCUGAAUGCAACAACGGAGGCCUUGAAUGCUGGAACUAAGCAUAUCCCAUCAGGGGGCAAGUCCAAACAUCGUUCAAGCAAAGAUGGGGACCAUCGCCAUAGUGACUCCCAUAAACAUAAAAGUAAGGAUGGGAGCAAGAAAAUCAAAUUUAAGGCUUGGAGUCAGGCAAAUAAAGAAAGGGAAAAAACAUUUGAGAGCAUAGGUCUUGCAGUUCCUAAGAGUGAGAUGGCACUUCUGGGUAAAAUUCCCAAAAAGUCUCGCACAACUGAAUGUGAGUCUCCCAUGGAUCACCUUGAUGACCCUGGAGACAUUGACAACAUAGAGGUGCAGUCUUUACAUGGGAGUUCAUCAGUCUCCUCAGGACCACCAGUCUUGGAAUUGAUGGGUCAGGGGAGUUACUCCCCUAGGCAGGCCCACAACUCCCCAGGGAGAUCCUCAUCCCCCGCUGUGAGUGCACCCCCAGGGGUGAUUCACCCAGAGAUGGCAAAUGUUGAAAAUGUUGAGAAAACCCCUACAGCUGGGGAAACCUCUAAAGCCACUAUUCCUGCCACUAAUGAUAAUGUUCCUGCUGAAGGUGGAAUGGUAGAAGAUGAUGUGGAUGAACCUGUUGGGUCAACUUGUGGCGAAGACUUGACUCAUAAUGGUCUCCUUGAUUUUAUAUCCAUGCUCCAAAUCCAACUUGGCGAUUUCUCUAAUGAGACUGCAAAUAACGACCCUGACCUUGGCGAUGAGAGGGUGUUUGACAAACACCAGAUCAUUGUUGGGGAGAACUUUGAAGAUGUGAAGGUAGCGUUUGAUAACACUGUCCCAGCUCCAAGUCAUAAAGGGAAUGAUGAGGAUGAGAAAGUUAUGAGUUGUGUCAUUGAUGUGGUCCAUAGUAAAGAACUUUUAAAGUGUGAAGCAGAGACUUCAGAUGAGAUAAAGCAUCGUAUGCAGAUCCUCAAAUCAAUUCAUAUCCUUACUGACCACAAGCCAGAACCACCAGACACUCGGGAACUGAUCAGCGUAGAAAAUGGGGAAACAACAGGCAACAAAGAGAAUGAGGUUGUGGAGAAAGAGGGUGUUACAGUUAAAAGCAGUUGUUCCAGUUCCAGUGUAUCAGAUUCUGUUUCCGUAACCAUAGGAACAUCAUCUACAUCUACAUCUAUUUCUGGAGUUUCAAGCACCCAAACCUCGUCACAUGGAAUUGGACAUAUACAGUAUGAAGGACGUCAUAAACGAAGACUUGGACAGAGACUUCAUCCUUAUAACAGGUCUUUGUGUAGCAGCUCCAGUGAAUCUUAUAGACUGAGAUCAUACAGGCCUUACAGAGAACUGAAGGAACUAUUUUCCAACAUGUCCACGAGGACGUACAGUCAGCGACGGGAAAAUGCAAAUGGUGAACCUGAUAUACCAAUAAAUGAUCUCAAAACAGAAGGACGAUUUAAAAGCUAUAAGUUCACCCGCUCUACAUCAAAUUCCAUUGAUGACGAUGGAGAUAUUAAAGAACGUCCUGAAGAUGUACCAGAGUAUAGCGCCAGGCGACAGAGGACGCAAGAUCUUGAUAGGUUAAUGGCAAACUCGCAUGGUGAUAAUAAUGAGCGAAUGUUUCAAUCUGAUAUGAGAACGUAUGAACAGGAGGAUAUGAGGACCUCUUCAGCUGCUAUGCUAGCUCAUAAACAGGAGACAAGGACUGGACCUAAACUGUUAGGCUCUAUUGAAAUGAAGGAAUCCGCAAAUCCAGUCCUGAAGCAGAUCAUGCAGAACUUGAUGGGACAUGUAGAGGAUGAUGAGGAAAAUACAAGCCCAGAACCACUGAGAAACCAACCGAGUGGUGGUGUAACUAGUCAGGGACAUCAAGGACACAAUCCUAAUGAUGACACAUAUCGUGCUUUACUGCGUAAUGCCCCAGCCUACAACCCAACACCCAUUAAACAGCUUGAAAGUGGCACAGCUCCCGUCCUUGCUAGUGAAGAUCAGUAUAUUCCUGAGCCUCUCCCUCUGGAGAACAUGCCAGACAUAGCUCAGGUGGUCCAGACUGAAGAAUACCAGCCUAUAUCAUUUGAAGAGCAUAUAUACCAGCCAGGUGUCAGCCAGAUUGAAUCUUACCAGCCUGCGGGUGUUGAAAGUGAAGCUGACGAGUAUAAACCUGGUCAGGGAGAAGAGAAGUAUACACCUACUCCUGUAGGAGAGUUGAAGGUGGCUGACAGUUAUGUUCCUAGUUUGAUACCAAGCCUUAACAUAGUUAACCCAAGUGCAACAGGGGAUAAGAAACAUGAGGUUGAUAGUCAAACUGAAACACAACGUGAAAUUCCUACUGAAGACUCUAAGGAAAAUACACCUCCAAGGAAUAAAAGCGUACUCAUCACUCAGAAUUCUGAAUCAGAAACCCCGUUUAGAUCACCUUUGAAGAUGAGUAUUAUUUUGAAUGUGGCCUCACCGAGGAAAAAGAAGCAGAAAACACGGAAGACAAAUAUGACGGUUAAGAAUCUGUCUGAAGUGUCCUCUACCAGAUUAAGUGAUCCUACAGAGAAAGUUAAACAGUGGUUAGAUGGAGUUAUUUUGAAUGAUGGACCUAUACAGUUUGAUGAAAUUGAAGAUACCAUUGAAAUUGACAGAGCUGCUGAGAAAAAUAUGGAGGGACUAGAUUCCAAAUUGGAAACUGCAAAUACACAGGUGCAGAAACUUAAGCCAAAAGUUGGAAUGUUCAAGCUAAAACCAUUGUCAUCACUGAGUAAAAAAUAUGCUGAUAAAUUGAAGUCAUCAGAUGCACAUCAAAGUCCAGUGCAUGUUCCAUCUAUGUUUGAUGGGGAAAAUCAUGAACCUUAUGCUCCACAGCCAGAUCCAGUCACACGUGAAGAUAGCACAGACAAUGUGGAAAGUGACAAUGAUGACAUUAUAGAACCUGCACAGCAACAAAAGACUAACAAAUCUGAUCCUGAUAAUGUAACUGAUGUUUCUCUACCCAAAGUAGGGCAUCUGCAAAAAUUGCAACUAAGAGGCUUCGGUAGAUUUGGAAGAAGUAAACAAGAAGGUCCACAUGAUAAUUCCAUGAAUAAACCUUCUGAUGCAAUUAAAGAAACUAGACCAAAGUUGAACAAACUUAAUUUUGUUUCAAGUUCUUCAACCUCUCCAUCACAUAGCAGAGAGCAAUUACAGGCAUCAUUAGAUGAGGAGAACGCUAAAGCAAUUGAAGCUAUACAGAUGCUAGGCCAAGGGUCACCUGAUCCAAAUAAAUCUUUAUCAGAAGAUGAAGCUGCAAGUUCUGUUGAACCAAUAAGAGCAGCUCCACGAUUGGGAAAAUUGAACCUUGUGAAAUCAUCUGGACUAUUUUCAUCAAGUAAAAGUCUAGUAGGUGAUAAGAAACAAGUUGAUUCAGUUUUAGAGAAAGGUAUGGCUGAUAAAACAGGUGUUGGUCCAAAACUUGGGAAAUUGAAUUUUACCUCAAAUUUUCAAUCUAAAGAUGAUACUGCAGCUGAAGUUGUGAAGUCAGUUAAGAGCUCUAGGACAGAGGAACAAAAUAAGCAGAAAACAGUAAUACCUAAAGAAGAGGUCCCUAGAUUUGGUCCCAAACUAGGCAAAUUAAGUUUUGCAAGUAGGGUUCAGAACAAACAGAAUGACGACACAAAGCAACAAGAAGUUCAAGACCUCACAGGUUUAGAAAAUCCUGAACAGGGGCAUUCAACAUUUGGCCCAAGACUUGGUAAACUUAGUUUCUUAUCUAAGUCUCAAUCAGAAAGUGUUGGGCACUCCCUAGGAAAGGAACCACUAAGUAAUUCAGAUAAGAAUGAUGUUAGUAUGUCAGUAACAAGAAAAACAAAUCCUAAUGAUGUAAUUCCUGCCACUGGUGACACAAAAGAUAAUGGAAGUAAGCCAGCAUCUGAGAAGACAAUGUUUGGUCCUAAACUUGGGAAACUCAGCUUUGCUUCUAAACCCUUCUUAAAAACAACUGUUGAUGCUCCACCAAAAGUUUUGACAGAACCAGUGAGAGAUUCACAGGUAAAAGAUAGUCAGUUGAUUGAGAAAGUAACAUUUGUUCCAAAACUUGGAAAGCUGAAUUUUACAUCUCGAGCGCACCAUGAAUCUGCUAAGAAAGAGGACUCUAGUGAGAUUGAUACUCAAAGUCCUGAACAGCAAGUUGAAGCUAACAAAACUCAGCAAAAGAUUGGACAGAAGAACCAAGAAAGUGUACACACCGAGUCUAAUAAAGAAAAACACAUUUUUUGUUCAAAGUUGGGGAAACUCAAUUUUGCAUCAAAGUUACUCAUGAAAGAUUCUGAUUCUAAAUCCUUAUCUGGAAGUAAGGAACAUGAUGUGAGCAUAGAUUCAGGAACCACUAAGAGUGAAUUUGAUCCUAGACAUGAGAAGCUUGCCUUUACAUCUAAGGAUGAUAUUAAAUUAAAUGAAGAAGACUCAGCUGCUGUUGAAACCAAAUCAAAUGAUUCCCAUGUGACUAAGAAAACCACAUUUGGUCCUAAACUUGGAAAACUGAGCUUUGCUUCUCGUGCACAUCCUCGAUUCUCUAACUGUAAACAAAACACAAUCACUCCUGAAAAUCUUGGUGAUGCUAAUGGUGUUGAAGACAAAACUGCAUUUGAUACUAAACUUCAAAAACUGAUCCAUAAAUCCUCUGAAACAGAUGUGCCACAGAAUGAAUUGGAAACUGAUGAAUGCAUGGAAGAAAAGGAAGAGAAACCUGUGGAUCAAACAUUCAAACCCAGGUUAGGAGCACUCCAGUUGAUAAAGCCAUCAAAACAUAGAACUUGCAAUGAUUCCACAGGAUUGGGAGAUACAGAAACAGAAAAAUUUGUAAUUGAACAAGAAGUUCCUCCUAUUGCUAAACCAGUUGAGCCCAAACUUAGCAGAUUGAAUUUGAUCAAAACUGCUCAAAGGUUAGAUGUCAAACCAAACAAUUUAUCUGACUCUUUUAAUGAAGCCAAUACAUCUCCUUUGAAUGAAGAUAUUCCUUCAGAAACAAUAGAAGAAACCGCUUCUGAAUCACUUGAUCAGGAAGUAACAGUAACAGUUAACACCAUGUCAAAACUAGGAAAACUCAAUCUCAUAUCAUUAAGCAAGAAAGCCCCUGGAACUCAGCAAUCAGCUGAAAAGCAAGCAACUACCACCUUUGGGGCAACAUUAGGAACGCUCAGCUUCAUGCAACAAAAAUCUCAGAAAAAGCCUGAAAUAGCCACUGCUGAAUCACAACCACUUAACAAGCCAGGAGCUCGGUCAAAUGAAGAAUCAACACCAACAUUCAAACCAAAAUUAGGUAAGCUACAUUUUGCUAAAAGAAGUGGCCCCCUUGUGAAACCAAAAGAUAAACAAAAGUCUAGAACUUGUGAAAGUGAUGUUGUGGAAAAUGAGGAUAGUGAGAUAGAGAAUAAAGCCCCUUCCAGCAAAGUAUUUGGACCAAAACUGGGAAGAUUGAGUUUUGUGAGGAGUACUCCCCAAGAUAGAAAACCAGGGAAUGGUUUUUCAAAAUCAAGAUCCCCACUUACUAUUACUCAGGAACCUGUAAAAAUUCCGAAUCAAGGUCUGACUAAACCCGUUUACGUCCCUCAGAAAUAUGUCGAUGAGCAUGAUCUAAUAUAUUUGAAGAAUCAUCAAAAGACAGGGGAAUUGGCUAAGCACUUACCAGCAUUGUCAAAACUGACCGUUCAUUACAAGAGAAAUGUUCCUUUUAAAAAUACUGUACUUGAUGACUGGCUCUUUACAAAAAGUUGCCUGACAGAUAGAGAGACAAGAAUAGCAUUAGCAAGGAGGUAUGUACAGGAAUUCUUUCAGAACGCACAGUUUGAUUCACCAGAACUUUGCAUCUCAUCUCGCCUUCAGAACCUGAAAUUACUUCAUGAUGCCUACUUAAUAGCACCUAUUCCAACAACAAAUGUUGUCGUUAACAUGGUUGUUUCACAGUCUAAAAAUGGAAUGGAUUUAGCAUCUGCUUUGCGUAGACAUUCACAGUCUGCUAAUGAUGAAGAUCAAGAGAAUCAGCCAGAGACUUCAGAAGGAGGACGUGCAAACACAGCUACCACUGUAGAUGAUGUUUUGAUGAAUUUCCAGUCUGAAUUGACUAGUAUAUUGACCGAAUGUGGAUUGGAAACAAAACCAACUGAUCGGAAACCAGAGAAGGAAUCUGAGAAACCACAACCAAAAAAUACAACUGACCGAACAGUUGAUGAUGCGAUGAAAGACUUCUAUGGUAGUCUUGAUGGUAUGCUUAAUAGCUUACUCAGGCCUCCAAGGCGUGAUAAACCUAGGAAGAAAAUAAAAAAGAAACCCACUGAAAGUAAAGCUGAAAGUACAAGCAUGCAAAAACCUGAAAGAACAACUGCUACUGUGGAAACUGUGGUGCCAGAGAAAAUUGCUCAGAAAUUAACCUCUGAAAUUACAAGAUCAAAGGUGGUCACAAAACCAAAGGAAAAACCAUCUGAAGAUUCAGUGAAUACAAAGUGUGAAUCACAUACUGAUGUGCAACUUAAGCCUGUCAAAUCACCCAAGAAAAAAUCUGAUUCAAAUUCUGAGUCGCCAAUAAAGGAGGCUUAUUUAUUUCCCAUUGUUCCUGGAAUUGAUGUGAGUAAGAUUCAUUCAACUGAUGUAUUACCCAAAGUAGCUGAAAUUCCAAAGUCUAAAUCUUUUGAUGAAGAUAUUGAUGCCGAAGAUGACACUGAUUCUGAUUCUUCUGACAGUGAAAGUGAUUUAAGUGAACCUGAUGAUAAGAAAGGAGAUGCAAUUGAGCCAAAAACCAGAAAUUAUAGACAAAGAGAGAAAUCGCAGGAUAAAAAGACUAAAAAGCAUAAAAAAUUAAAGAAACACAGGAAGAAAGAAAAGAAGAAAAAGCAUAAACACCGACAUAAAAAGAAGAAAAUACCAACAGAAAAGGCAGAAAUUGAUGCAAUGGUAGCAAAAUCACUUGGUGAUAUGUUUGGCAAAACUAAAGUUGCUAAAGUACCAGACUUAUCACUCCUCAAUGUUGACAUGACUUAUUCUGGUGUUGCUCCUCCAACAUCAUUAAAUAACCAAGACCAAAAUGUUAAAACUUUAAAACCUGAAAAAGAUAUAAUUCAAGACCAAAAACAAGAGGAAUCUAUUGUAGAUGAGGAGGACUCUUAUUGUCCAUUUAGUCCAACUGCUUCACCUGAGCGAAACAAGAUCGAGGAAAGUGUUAGUUUUCCCAAAGGUACUACUUCAAAAUAUACUGAAUCCAAAACAAAACCAAAACAUAGUGAUGGGGAGCUUGUAAAAUCUCAAGGCAUUGAAAAGGCAAAGGUAGAUAGGAAGACUGAAGUGAUGCAUAGCUCUAGAAAUGACAAUUCAGUAAAAGUGACAGAGCCUAGAAAAAAUGAAGAGCCACUUCAAAAAUCUAAAAAAGAUCCUGUAAAGGAGUUGAUUUUUACUGAAAAAAUAAAGGUUACAAUUCAAAAUACUAAUGCCAGAAAUGAUAUGAAUGAUACUAAAACUGCAGAUGAGACAAACAAAGAGCCUUCUAAGUUGAUUAAACCUGUACAGAAAAAGUUGUUAAAGCUUGUUGACCUUGGUGAGGAACCAGAAUCUUCUAGGUCAAGGUUCACACGACAAGUGUCAUCUGAGGUAACUAAAAAUUUCUUUGAGAAAGAUUCACCUCCAAGAGCAAAUUCAGGCCAGGAAAAAAAUGUCCAAGAAAAAAGCCAAACCACGAAAUAUUUCUCUGAGGAAAAAACACAGCCAAGAGCUACGUCAAAGCAUGCGCAUAUUGUUGAAGAAAAAGAUUCUGCUGCUUCUACAAAAGAUGGCCUCCAGAAGAAAUUGCUACAUGAAGAUACCUCAAAAUAUGGGAAAGAAAACAAACAAACUGAUGAUGUAUCAUAUGAUACUAAAGGACAAGCAACAACGGAGGACCAGAAUAAAAAACAUAUGAGAUCACCUCAGCAAUUUAUAGACAUGUCAAAGACAACUGUAUUACAAGCUUCUUCAGAUGAAAAAUCAAAUAUUGGUGAUUUUGACAGUCACAAGAAAAGGUAUAGAGAUGAUAGUCCAUCUCAAAGAGAAGAUCGAGAUGCUUUCUCACAAAAGAGAAGAUUUCGUGAGGAACCACCAGAACCACGUGAUAGGGAUCAUAGUCCUAGAAGAAGGUUUCAUGAAGAGCCACCAGAGAGAUACACAAGAGAUACAAGCCCACACAGAAGAAGACUCCGAGAAGAUACAUUAGAUAGCAGAGAGAGACAUAGAGACGUCAGUCCCAGAAGAAGAUUCAGAGAAGAUGUACAAGAUACUCGAGAUAAGGAUAUUAGGGAAAAUAGUCCAUCAAGGAGAAGGUAUAGAGAUGACAUCUCGCCAAGAAGAAAGCCAUAUAGAGAUGACAGAUAUGAC